GGACACCUGAAGAUGUUGCGAAGUCAAUCGGAUGUAUGAUCUUAUCCGGCCCUCUUUUGACGGGUUACACUCAGACAAUGAAUGACUGGUAUGAUCGUGAAAUUGAUGCCAUAAAUGAACCCUAUCGGCCAAUUCCUUCAGGUGCUAUUUCAUCAAGUGAGGUCAUUUCGCAGAUUUGGGUGUUGCUUCUUGGGGGCCUAGCAGUGGGAUACGGCCUGGAUCUCUGGGCAGGGCAUGAUUUCCCAACGAUUCUUGGACUUGCCAUUUUUGGAUCAUUCAUAUCAUACAUCUACUCGGCGCCUCCACUCAAGAAGAAGAAGAAGAAGAAGAAGAAGAAGAAGAAGAAGAAGAAGAAGAAGGGGGAGGAGGAGGAGGAGGAGGAGGAGGAGGAGGAGAAGGAGGAGGAGAAGGAGGUGGAGGAAAACAGAGGGGAAGAAAGAGGAGGAGGAGUACAAGUAGGAGGAGGAGGGCAAGCAAUGUUUGGAACACUUGCAUGGGAUGUUGUCGUGCUAACCCUCCUAUAUAGCAUUGCUGGGUUAGGCAUCGCUAUCGUGAACGACUUCAAGAGCAUAGAAGGAGACCGUAAACUUGGUCUACGGUCCCUGCCUGUGGAGUUCGGAGUGGACACCGCAAAGUGGAUUUGUGUGGGCUCAAUCGACAUAACACAGCUCUCAGUUGCAGCUUAUCUCUACUUUGCUGCCGAUGCAAAGAUUUAUGCAGCUGUUCUUCUGGGUCUCAUUUUGCCACAGAUGUUCUUUCAGGCUAAGUAUUUUCUGCCGGACCCUGUCGCAAAUGACGUCAAAUACCAGGCGAGCGCACAACCGUUCCUUGUCUUCGGCAUUUUGACGACGGCACUUGCAAUCGGACAUCAAGCUCUGUGAAGAUGCGAGUUGCAGCUGAGGCACUCAGAGGCAGAUAUAGGCUUAGCGGGCGGUGGCAUCUGUAUUUAAUUAUCUUUUGGAUAUUCUUGAUGGAGCAAGAUGGACUGUUCCAGAAUAAUUGAUUUCUUUGAGGAGUUUUGACGGCUGUCUUCAGGCGAAGCUUUCUGCUUCAGUCAUCAAGUGCUGGGAGGGAGAUUGGGAUUGGUUUUCAUGACCUUGUGGGGUUGCGGUAGGGAUAGGUUUGACCGAGACUGCCUUGGUUAGCCCGUUUGGCCGCAGCAAAUGAUGUAAGGGACGCCAGGCCCGUUUCCCGGUUAUAUGAUAUCUGCUUUGUUCAGGGGGAAAAGAAAAAAAAAAGUGCUUGGAGGGAGAAGGGGAGGCAAGUCCUGAAGAGGGAGCAAAAUAGAGAAAAUUUGAAAUGCAUUUGGUAUCCCAUAGAGAUGUUUUCUAGUACAACCUUAAUUUCUUCUCAAAAGGGCACAUGAGGGGCAAACAGCAUGCUGCAGGUGUGGUCAUCCCACACACAAGUAUUUCCAGCUUCAGCAAGCUUGAGGAGGUUGCAGGCUUGAGGGGAUCACAGGCUGAGUGUGAUGGACAUGAGCAUUUGAGAGGAUGAGGGAGCAAGUUGGAAUAGAAAGGUCAUGCCAAGGACAAUAACAGUAAUCUGGCGGUCCAGGCCUCAGAAUGCAGGGGGGGGGAGAGAGAGAGAGAGAGAGAGAGAGAGAGAGAGAGAGAGAGAGAGAGAGAGAGAGAGAGAGAGAGAGAGUGGGGGAGAGGGAGGGAGAGGAAGGGGAGGGGGGGAAGAGAGNGAGAGAGAGAGAGAGAGAGAGAGAGAGAGAGAGAGAGAGAGAGAGAGAGAGAGGGUGGGGAAGAGGGAGGGAGAGGAAGGGGAGGGGGGGAAGAGAGGGAGACAGGCGGUGAGGUCAUGUGCUUUUGCCUUAUCAUUGGCUGGUUGGGAAGAGAGGGAGACAGGCGGUGAGGUCGUGUGUGCUUUUGCCUUAUCAUUGGCUGGUCGAUUUACUUAUGCGGUUAAGUUCUUGGCAGACGAGCGAUCUGAGGCUUGUGGUUUCAACUUUCAAGUUUGCGUCAGCUUCUUGGAAGCUCAAAUUAAGUUUAUGAGUUUUAGAUAUACAUAUAUAUAUUUAGAGCAACACAAGAGGCAUAACAACUUCCAGUGCCUCAAUGGUUUGUGCAGUAUAGGCAAGAAUGCUGUGUGUAUGUGUUAUUUUGAACCUUUUUCCAUUUUGUCAUUGUUCUGUUUCAUCACUUUCCUGGCCGCUUACUGUCUGCCUGCUUCAUCGAAACCGUUCUUCGACUUUCUGCUUGUGCUCUGCUCUCAGGAAUGACCUAUCGUAUCACUUGGCGUAUCGCGCACAUCUGCAGUGGCCAUAGCAGCUGGCACUCUUGGCCUGAGCCUGCUUGCGUGGGAGUUGGACCGGACUGCCUUGGGUUCGUGUGAUUUUGGCAACAAUGCAGCUGUACAAGAUCAAGAUUUUGCCUUUCGGAUCUCGAAGUGGUUCUUCAACUUCUUUUGUGGGCUCUGCUUUUGGUCUUGGCAUAUCGUUAUCACUACGGAUAGGCACACCACAUGCGUGCAUAACUCACACCCGUAGCCUUAACCAUCUUGGGUGUGGGUUACACCUGACUGUCUGCCCACUUAUAAUAACAGUCAUAAGUUCAUAAUGUCUUUCUUUUUGCUAUUCCUUGUUUUUAUUAACAUAUCUGGUGUGAGAGUAGGUGAUCACAUCGAUCACCUGCUCCAACUUUCUUCUCCAGCAUUCCCUCUCUCGGAUGGGCUCAUCAAUCGGCCGUUUUGUCGUGAAGAGAAUGUAGGUACCUACCUACCUGGUCCAACUUCCUGGCAGAUUUACCUAUGCGGUCCAGAGUUCGAUUCUGUCUCAAGGACCAAUAAUCAGCGCUUGUCCAGCCACUCGUCCAGCAAAACUACCGUUCUUCCUUUUCUCUCUUGCCUUUCUAGCGACGCAUAGCCCCUAACAG